UUGUUGUCCUAGAUGUCCUGGCUGGGACAAGAAAAGACAAUCCCAGUCUUUGGAGACGGCACCAACAUUGUUCCCACUAUUCACAUCAAUGACCUUGCAAGUGUUAUUCAAAAGAUAAUUGAAGUUCAGCCCAAGCCGUACUACCUGCUGGCUGUGGACUGUUCCAACAACACCAUGGAGGACAUUGUUAAGGCCAUUGCCGUAGCACUUGGACCCGGGACCAUCCAGAAGAAGCCAUUUGAAGAGGCCUUCCUGGAGCAGGACUUGAGUCUCAUGGAAAUCGAUUUAAUGCGCAUCAACCUUCUUAUGGAGGCCGCACAUCUCAAAGAACUGGUCCCCAUCCGCUGGUUAUGUGAGUCUGGUCUGGUGGAGAAUAUCGAGCUGGUAGUGGAAGAGUACCGACAGACCAGGGGACUGCUGCCCAUUCGGAUCUGCGUUCUGGGUCCUCCGGCAGUGGGGAAGAGCACUGUGUGUCAACAGAUCUGUGGUCACUACAAGCUCCAUCACAUCCGGCUGAGGAAGACCGUGGCAGAGACCAUCUCACACCUGGAGCAUACGGUGAGGAACAUGAAUUCAGAAGCAGAGAACGAGGAGUCCACAGCAGCCACAGAGACUCAGGAACUCCUGAAUAGUUUGAAGGACAAUAUGGAGCAGAAUGGAGGUAUGUUGGAUGACCACCUGUUGGUGAAGGUGAUGGUAGACAAGCUGAUGUCCAACCCCUGCAAGAACCAGGGAUAUGUUCUGGAUGGAUUUCCAAAGACAUAUGAACAAGCUAAAGAGCUUCUCCAUGUUGAGGAACCAGAGUCCGAGGACAAACCUUCAGUGGUUUCCUUGUACAACAAGAAGAUAAUACCAGAGUUUGUUGUGUGCCUGGACGCCUCAGAUGACUUCCUGAGGGACUUGGUGAUCAACCUCCCUGAGAAGUUGGUGCAGGAGCAUAAGUACGAGCAGGACAACUUCCUGAAGAACUUGAGCAAGUACAGGGAGAGCAACGUGGAGGAAGAAACUCUCCUGAAAUACUUAGAAGAGCUGGACAUCACCUGCUUCCUCAUUGAUGUGAGCAGUGGGGAAACACCCAUGGAUCAGAUCCGUGACAGAGUGGGCCGGCCCAGGAACUAUGACAGCAUGGAGGUGCAGGAGGAGGGCGGCGUGCAGGCGGACAGCCAAGAUGAAGAAGAAGAAGACGAAGACGACGAAGAAGAAGAAGAUGAAGAAGAACUGGGGAGGAAGGAGGCGGAGGAUGCAAGGAAGAGGUCUGAACGUUGGGAGAAGUGGUCCAAGAGCUUUGAGGAGAAGAGACAGUGGGAAGUGCAGCAGUUGGAAGUCCUGAGCGUCCCGAUGAAGAAGUACUUGAUGGACACCAACAUCAUGGCCACCAUCUCUCAGGGCUUGAUAGCCUGUGGUGCAGCGUGGCCGGACGACCCGCUGGACUUCCUGGCUGAAUAUUUGAUGAAGAACUCCUGACAUGUUCUGGCUUCACGGUGAAGGUUCUGGACGAAUAUUGCUGAUUAAUGCUGUUUGCCACCUUGCACCAGGUGUACGUGGCUGGACCUCACCCUCUCACCACUUCAAUAAUGAUCUUCUGAUGUUGUUCCUACUAAAACUCUUC